GAGCGCGCCGUUAUGGCCAACGGCCCCAAGCGAAAGCGUGGCGAUGGUCGCAGCUACCCUCAAGACGAUGAUACCCCGAAUCGACCGUCGCCGCAUCGCCCGCAAAACCUCGCUCAUGGAGGUCAUUCGCAGAACAACAGCCCCCGUAACAACUACAACAAUGCCAGACGCGGAAAUCGCAAUGGAGGUCGUGGUAACUAUAACGGUCCUCAAAGUCCCAGCGUACCACAUCAGUCACCCACAGCCGUCUCUGCUCCCCCCGUUCCCUUUCAAGCAAACCGUUCUGCGCCAGCGCCCCCGGUAGCUCAAAUACAGCAACAACAAGGCCAAGCUGCAGUCAAGCCUAAGCCAGACAUGGAUGUGAUCAUUACCUAUGAAUAUCUUACGCCGGAACGCGUGCAAAAUUGGAGCGCCGAGGAACACAAUGCCGUGGUGCAGGCCGCUGCGACUGCGCAGGCUGAAGGCAACAUACUCACAGCUGCUCUGGUGUUCCAUGAAAUUGUCGAAUCGUCAGUUGGGAAUUAUAUGGAUCAGACUAUACUGGGUACCUUGGUGCGCGACAUUGUCGGUUCGCCCUCUGUCGAUUAUAUCGAUCCUCCAGCCUUAUUUCUGGACACCGUUUCGACCUUGACCGAGAACUAUUUCGAUACGAAAGGAAAGUUUCUCGGCGACCACGCUAAGAAAUUCGAGUACUUGCGCCAUAUGCUCAUGUAUACGGAGAUCAGCCUUGACAGAAUGCGAGCUUUGCUAGAGAGCGCUCCUCUUCGUGGUCUUGGCCUAGUAGGAGAAUACUUCCCCAAGGUCUCAGUGCGCAAAGCAACAGAUGCGCUGUAUCGCCAGGCAAACUACAAUCUACUCCGGGAAGACAGUGAAGGGUUCUCUAAACUCAUCACUGAAUACUUCACAACUGUUAACAACGAACCUCCGACCAGUGUUGCUGUGAGCCAGACAUACCAGCGAGUCAACGCAUUUAUCGGGACAUUUGAUCUUGACGUCGGCAGAGUUCUCGAUGUAACCUUGGACGUUCUUGCUAAUCUCCUUGUUAAGCACGGAAAGUUUUUCGUCAAACUUUUGCGGGUGAGUGCGUGGUGGCCCAAAUUACAAGGGACCGAAGGGGUGGAAUGGGAAGAGCCAGAGGUUCAGACACUUCCUGGUUGGGCUCUACCGGACCACAACGAUUGGCGUUAUACGGAAGAAGAGAAAGAAGAUCAGUUUGAACGCCGAGAGAGCCGCGACAAGAAGUUUUGGUCACGUGUGGCAGAUUUGGAGAGGCAGCGGAGUGGGUUGGGUCUCAAAGUCUUUUUCGAGCUUGGAGCUCGUCGCAUCACGCAGAACCAUCGGUCUGGCGAUAAGCCCAACGCGAGCUCACCCGGGUCUGCCCCCAAAUCUGAAGCACAACAGUGGACGGACGAAUGGAUUGACGCCACUGGAACCCUCCCCCCGCUGGGAAACGAUAUCGCUGCUCAGCUUCUUGGAUUCAAGUUUCAAUUCUACGCCUCUGAAACCCGGGAUGCUGGCGAUGUCCUUCCAGAUAAUCUCAUUUAUCUGGCAGCGCUGCUUAUCAAGAUUGGGUUUAUAUCGAUCACGGAUCUCUACCCUCACUUGUACCCCGCAGACGAAGCCAUGCCGGAACUGAAGCAAAAGCUGGAAAAAGAACAGAAAGAGAAGGAAAUGAACCUUCGUGGUAAAAGCAAUGCUCUCGCAAUGGCUGGUGCGCUCACAGAUGAUACUGUACCUCCUGCUAUUACUCGAUUGAGGGAGGCAGAAAGCAAGCCCUCUUCAAAGACAGAAUCAGAGAGAAGCACGCCGAAGUCGGAUGAUGAUACCAGCAACAGCUUACCUGAGCCAAUCAACCAGAAGGUCGCGCUCGUUAGAAGCCUUCUGUGCAUUGGUGCUAUACCAGAAGCUCUGUUUAUCAUUGGCCGGUUCCCGUGGCUCCUCGAUCUAUACCCCGACCUUCACACUUACAUUUUCCGUCUGGCACAUCAUUCUCUGAGCAAGGUAUACGAUGCAUCUCGACCAAUUCCACUCGACAAAAUUCCCUCCGCCUCCAAGGGGACUGACAGCAAUACUCUGGCUCGCCCAGGCGAUUACGUGCCCCGAAAAACGCUGCGGUGGGCGAAGCCUGAUCAAAAGGAUGCAGGUGACAGUGUUGACUACAGGUUUUACUGGGAAGAAUGGGUCGACAACGUGCCUAUCUGCCAGACAGUGGAUGAUGUCUUCUUGCUGUGCUCAACUCUACUCGGCUUAAUAGGCCCGGAAUGCGGAAGAGAUACUGUACUCAUGACGAAGCUAGUGCGGAUCGGAAAGAAGAGUGUGACCGAGGAUCCUUCUGUCGAGAACACGAAGCGAUGGACGGAACUUUCAGCUACACUGCUAGCACCGGCUCUGACAUUCACGGGGCAGAACCCCGGUGUUGUCAACGAGACCUGGGAGCUUCUUAGGCGAUUCGAGACUGCGACCCGAUACACUAUAUAUUCGAGUUGGUUCCGGUCUACAAAACCCGCCAUGCGAAACGCAUUCAAGAAGGUUACCGACGAAACUAAACGGCUUCUGGGUCGUGUUGCAGCCACAAAUACGCGACCCAUGGGUCGUGCCAUGGCUAAGUUGGCCUACGCAUGUCCAGGAACUGUCUUCGAGCAUACAUUGAAGCAAGGUCAGAGUUACAUAAACAUGAUCGAUGCUCUUGUGGAAUGUAGCCGAUACUUGACUCAACUUGGGUACGAUUGUUUGACCUGGACCCUUGUGGACAGUCUGAUCAAAGACGACCGGGCCACAUUACAAGGCGAUGGUAUGCUCAUCAAAGGCUGGCUUAAGAACACUUCCAUUUUCAUUGGAAAAGUGUAUAAACGUUACAGUCUCAUGGAUCCGACUCCUGUUCUUCAACUUGUGAAGCACCAAGUUUUCCGACCAGAAGGAGAAUUAUUCAUGCUCUUCGUUCUGGAACAACUGCUUACAAUGAUGGGUGGUAUUGGACUCACUGGUGCCCUCACCGAAGCACGUGUCCUAGCUCUGUCUGCGGGACCACGGUUACGAGCAUACACCCUUGAAUACCACCUUGGGGACAAACGCCACGAGGGCAAGCUUGCCUCUAAACGAUUACUCAGAUGUCUCAAGGAAUCAGGUCUAGCACCCCAAAUACUUGUUGCCCUUGCACGCCAGGUCGAUUCGUAUCUGUUCCGGAAAGAGCUGGAAGAUGUACCGGACAAGGUGGUCUUCACAAACUAUGAUAAGUUGCGAUCCAAUCUCGCACAAUUCAUUGACUUCCUCCGUGAGAAUAUCCCCAUAGAGGAGUUCGACGAGCAGGUCCCGGAUGUUGUUGAGUUGAUGGCCGAUUAUGGCUUGGAACCCAGCCUCGCUUUCCAAAUCUGUCGUGCAAGCAUAGGCGCGAAGCUAAAUAUGCAUGCUACCAAAGAUGGUCUCUCCUCCGACGGAUCUACAGCGAACGGAGACGUUGUCAUGGGUGACGCCGACCAGACAGACCAGCCCAACGACUCUUCCCCAGACGCGGCAACUAACAUUCCAGAUGGGAAUGAUCCAACCAAUCCUCACAUUGAUGCCAUCGCCGACCAGCUGAAGAGUUCGAUUCCUGAUAACUAUGGGGAACAUCCGUUUCUCAAAUUCCUCGUCACCUUCUGGAGCCUCGAUAUGAAUAGCAUUCAUUCACUCGAGCAGAACGAACUCAAGAAACAAUACGAAGACGCUAAAACACAAUUGACGAAGCGCAACUCUGGAGGAUACAGUCAUCGACAGGCUAGAGAAGAAUGCAACAGACUCGACGCCGAGUACGAUACUCUGGUGAAGACGAUACGGUUCACUCAGUCGCGUCUAUCUCAGGAAAUGCAGCAGUGGUUUGAGGGAGUACCCAUGCUUGGCCAGGCCGCAGAAAAUUUGCAUGACAGGCUUCUCCAAGAUUGUUUCUUUCCUCGUCUCCGAAUGUCAUUGCAAGAUUCGCAUUACUCGUCCGCUAUGCUGUUCUUCAUGCAUAGGACUGGUGUGCCAACCUUCCGUCUUUCAAAAAUCUUGGAUAAACUUUUCAAGCCCAACAUGCUAUCCAACAUGAUCCUCAUGAUGAGCGAAGAAGAGGUCAAGUAUUUCGGUCGCUUCUUGAAUGACAUUCUUAGAGAGCUGCAGCGGUGGCACGGGGACAAGAGCACGUACGAAAAGAAUGCGUUUGGGGAAAAACAACAACUUUCCGGCUUUGGGCGUUUGUUCAACUCGGAUAAAACUCCUUCGAGCUUCCUCGACUACGACCAGUUCCGCAUCCUUCACUGCAAGUGGCACACAGCUCUCUUCAACGCGCUGAAAACCUGCUUGAAGGAAGGACAAUACACUGAACUUUACAAUUCGUUCAACGUACUCAAAGCUGUUUCUCCCGCCUUUCCAAAGGUUGAUCAUAUGGCAACGGAACUUCGUCAAAUUGUAGAAAACUACGCCAAGAACGAUGAAAGGGACGAUGUGAAAGUGGCAGCAAACUCUUUGCUGUUUGAGUUCAAGCGAAGCGCGAAGCUACUCAAAUCAGAAAGCUUCUUCCGCACGGGCGUGGAACCAGUGGUCAACAAAACUGCUGCUCCUUCCAGGACAACUUCGGAGCAACCAAAGACGCCGCAAUCAACAGAGACUGCAGCCAAGAAACUCAACGCUACCGUUGCCCCAUUCAGACCUCAUACGCCGGACACGAACAGCCAACCGAAAGCCAACACAGAAAAGGCUUCAUCCGACGAUCAGAAGCCUUCCACGACAUCUACCACUACAGCUACCACUACAGCUCCUCGUGUAAACGGACGAGAAGCGACCCAGGUGGCUCCAAGCCCAAGUGAAGCAAAUGCCACGAGACUCGGCUCAGGUAGACCCGCACCCAGGCCACCUUUGAUGAAUCAACCAACAGCCCCCAACAAUGCUGGGCCGAUGAGACCGGAUAGUCGAAGUGCCAACCAGACUCCGAUUGGCAAUAAUAGAGCUACGCAUGCUCUACCUACGCGACCUGAUACGCAACCAUCAAGGGUACGACAGCCUGAGCGUCCAAACGAUCGUCCAGGAGAGUACAAUCCCAUUCACGGUCGACACGAGACCCGCCCGAAUCCUACUGGUGAUUAUGGAAGGCUCGAUCGCGGCAACGAGCCUGUUAGAGAGCACGAAGUGUCUCCAAGACACCACCAGUCUCGCUCCCCUCAUAGAGGUCCUGGUGGCUCGGAUCGCCGUGAAUGGGCUUCUCGAGAGGCACGGGAAUAUGAAGAGCGUCCUCUACGACCUCCUCCCCGAGAUGCGAUUCGUGGACCACCGAACAGAGUGCCAUCUUAUGGAGAGGGCCAUCGAGACCCUCGUGAUACUCGCGAUCCGCAUUAUAGGGACCGCAGCGACUCCAUGCGCGAUCGACCUGACCCUCGCGGCUUGCCACAAACCCCACAUAAUAUGUCUUCGGAUGGGCGCGGCCGUUUACACGCAAGCCCUAUAGUAACGAAUGACGGACCCCCACCUCGUCGCGAGGUUCCCCCCAAUGCUCAUUCUGGGGAUCGUAACAGUGGUCCAGCUCCACCACGGUCUUCCGUUAAUACGACGCCGGUGACCGAUAGGAGUCUUAUCAACCCGGAGCGUGCUGCAUUGAUGGGCGAUGACAGGGCAAGGCAUGAGCCUUUACGGCACGAUCGAGAGCCUCGUAGAGAGGAUCGCGAUAGUCGUCGGGACCGCAGCUCACGGCCUCAAUCACCUCGUCGGGAUGAACGUUCCCACGACCGUCCUCCUGUGCCCUACCAUAGCGGUGAUACACGUCGAGACUAUCGAGAUGAGCGCCCUCAAUCUCACCCGCAUGGAACGAGCAGAGAACGCCGAGAUGAAGCAGCUGGUAUUCCACCUACCGGUCCACGUGGCAGCGGACAUGGUGCUCCGGCACCUCCCUCAAUUUCUCGAGAUGCAUUCCAGCCGACUCAAUCAUCUCGACCGAGGGCACACCCAACCCAAGAUCCCAAUUACGGUAGAUUGAACCAGCCUGCAGACGCUCCACCGCCAUCGGGACCACGGCACCCCGCUGCUGACAGGCGCGACGGUCAGCACCAUGCACCUAGCAAUGCUCCCCCUGCUUCUGCCGGUAUUCAUCCUAGUCGGAUGAAUAUAAUCAACACUGCUCGAGGACCACCCAUCCAGACCGACGUGCCACCUAACCCACCCAUGGGGCCACGCAGCGCAGGACGAGCACAGCCUCCACCUAUGCCUUCACCUACGUCGCGCAAUCCGCCUACAGGGCCUCUGAACGAACGAGGUCCAAGACAUAGCGAUAGCAGGAACCCGUUGAGAGCUAUUAACAAUGUCUUGUCCAGCGGUGUUCAAAAUCCUCAAGCUGUGCCUUCGACUACAACGGAUCGUUCAGCCGAACGCUCAAGCAGACGAAGUGAUCAAUCUCGUAGAGAGCGUAGCAGGUCUCAGGAGCGCCGUGGUGAAGAACGUUCCCGCGGAGAAAAACGUGAAAGUAGUCGGCGUGAACCUCGCGAACCACGAGAGUCUCGAGAGUCGCGUGAAUCACGAGAUGGACGAGAACGAAGCGAACGCGAUCACAAUCGUGAUAGGAGGGGUGAGGAGAGAGACAGAAGAAGCCGCGGAGGGGAUGAGAUGAGGGACCGCAGUGAGAAAAAGCGAGGACGAGAAGGUCCUGAACCUCAACAUGGCGAAUCGAAACGCUCUCGGCGCUAGUCGAAAUGCCGCCUUCGGAUGUGUAUUCGAGCGUACACACUCCUGAUAUGCCAUGCUGGGGAAACAUCU